GCUUGUGGUAUAUAAGUAAACAUAGACGCAGGCGCAAUCGCGUUGGGAAACCUUUCUUGAACGCGUGGUUGUACGAUCAUUCGGACUUGCCAAUAAUCCAUGUCUGUCACGCUCCAUCUCAACUGCUGGCUACUUGGCGAUGAUGCUAGCCAAGUGUUUCCGGUGGCAAUUUCGAAGACAGCGACUGUCGGCAUCCUCAAGAUAGCCAUCAAGGAGCAGAAGACGGUCGCUUUCCAACACGUCGACGCAAAUGACCUCGCACUCUGGAAGGUUUCCAUCCCAGUCGAUGACGGUUUCGAUGCGAAUGUUGAACUUGAAAACAAACCAGCACUAUUGCCUGUGAAAAGAUUGUCCCGCCUUUUUCCGGAUCAACCUGAUGAUCAAGACCUACACAUCAUUAUUCAGUCCCCGUGUGUUGGUGUUGUGCCACGAUUAGAUCAUCCUACCCUCGAACUGAACUGUCUUAUUUAUGAAGAUGACGCGAGCCACAUCUUUCCGGUCAAAAUUGCGAGUACAGAGUCUGUCGACACCCUCACACUCUGGAAGGUUUCCAUCCUGGUCGAUGAUAGUCUCAAGGAGAAUGUGAAGAAGGUUGAAGAAGAGGAAAUGCUAUCACCUGUGCGGAGAUUAUCCCACAUUUUCUUUCAUCCACCCCAGGAUGGAUAUCUACACAUCGUUGUUCAAGAAAGGGGACAUGGCCAGACUCGAACCCAGCCGUCUCCGCUUCGUGGACACGCACUGCACAAUGUUAGAAAAUAAUUAAGUGGACCGCAAAGUCGUUAAACUAGGAACCUAAGAAACACACGAAACCUAAACGAAAUGAGGGGCGACUGCCAGUACCGGGGAGAGAGGCUAGCCAGGCAAACAAGUCCCCAACCUGCCGACCCUGCACCAGCAGGGCCACCCUCACUGUACCCAAGUGAGCUGCUAGGGCCCCGUUCGCCAAACGGGGCGGUAGAAGCCUAGGAAAACCUCCCAGCAGUCUAAGCCACCCAAAACACCCCCCUCCCUGAGAAACAACGAAAACAAAUGUGCACAUAUAACCG